UAAGAGGCAAAAAAAGGUUAGAGAACGCAUAGUAAAGUGACAGCUGAUUUCUCCACUUUGCUUAUGAGGUCAGGGGGUAACCUAGCCGUGUGUCAUUCUGGCAGUCCCAAAAUUCCUUGGCAAAAAUAGAAGAAAAAAAAGGAGACAUAUUUCGAUUGAGCAAUGUUGCGAAAAACUUCUCAGCCAUCGACUCCAGUAACAUCUCUGACGCUACCUGUCAAAGUCGUAUAGCCUUUGGUUAGGGGAUUAUUUUACCGUUUUUUGAUUUGUUAGUUUCUUUCCAUUAUACACAUUGUACAUAAAUUUACUUUUUAUACUGAAUUUACAAACUCGCGUAAUAAAAUAUUGUGAAAACUCGUAUUUCGCGAAUAUUAUAUCAUGUCUGACAACGGCGGACCGCGGGGGUCUGAGAGCUCAGUAAUCGCAAAAAAAUCUCGCCGAGGUAAACGAGGCAACAACAGACCGAAUCCGUUGACUGUUGAACAAAUGCUUGCUACUGCUUUACAAAAAAUAGAAGUGCAGCCUAAAAAACGACCCCCUAGAAGACCAAAGGUCUCUAACCAAGGAUCGAACAGUAUUGACAGUAACUCCGUCAUCUCGCCUGCCAUUCAGGUGAACACUGUGCUCCAGAAGCAGACUAAUGCGACGGUUGUCAACCAUAUUCAGACGCCCAUUGUUCCACAAAUUAUCCAAAAUCAAGGGGUAAACUUAACGAAUGAAAAGAAGCUGCCGAAAAAGUGGAAGAAAAAUGAUCCGAGGAAAAACAAACAAGUCGUUCAAGAGCAGACUGAAAAUCUCAGCAUAAAAAUUGCUGUUGGUGAUGCAGCGCGAAAUAUAAGAAAAAAUAAAGUUGUAGACACUCCGGGUAAAAGCACUGAGAAUAAAAAAGGGAACAAAAAUACCUUCCCAGAUUAUAUACCUCAAACAGUAAUAAGAAAGUUAUUAGCUGAUCAAAAUUCGAAGGAAAUUGAAUAUGUGGAAGGAAACAUAAGGAUAAAUGCAAAGUCUUUCAAAGAAGCUUAUGUCGCGAUGGCUAAUGACGAGAUGGAUAUUUUGAUAGAUGGAAUUCAUGAUAGAAACAGGGCCCUAGAGGGAGAUCUGGUAGUUGUGAAAAUAAAUCCUGCCGAUAAGUGGCGUAAUUUGAAAUCAGAUAAACCGCAAAAGACUGCAACAGUUGUUUGUAUAUUAGAGAAAAUUCACACGAGAAAAGCGGUCGGGUUUCUCAAAGUCAUGCCUGAUAAAAAUAAUCGAAUUGCUCUAUUCGCACCCAGGGACCACAAAGUACCUCGAUUAAAUAUUGAUUCCAGUUACUGGCCGCCCAACUUCUAUAACGAUCCAGAAUCUUAUGCCAAUAUUAUGUUUUUGGCCGAAAUCACAUCGUGGAAUGAUGUCCGAUAUGCUCGAGGGAAAAUUCUGAAAUGCAUAGGUGAAACAGGAGAUCUCAGGGCAGAGUCUAGCGCGAUUGUGCUUGAAUAUGACCUGGAUGUAACACCCUACAGUCCAGAAUUAACGCAAGACCUGCCGCCAAGUGACUACCAGCCUAUCGCAGCAGAUAUCGAUGGUCGAGAAGACUGGAGGAAACAAUGUAUUUUCACCAUAGAUCCAGCAACUGCGGCAGAUUUGGACGAUGCAAUGUCGUGCAGACCCAUGGAGAAUGGAAACUUUGAAGUGGGAGUCCAUAUUGCAGACGUAACGCAUUACCUGAAUGCAUUCACGCCAUUGGACAAGGCAGUCGCACGGCGCGCGACGACCAUUUACUUAUCAGAUAAUGUAUACCACAUGCUGCCUAAACAACUGUGCAACGUGUGUUCUCUUCUGCCAGGCUAUGAUAAGCUUGCUUUUUCUGUUAUAUUUGAAAUGACGCCAGAAGGUGAGGUAGUCAGGCACAGAUUUGCUAAAACUGUUAUCAAUUCGUGCUGUCAGUUUGCCUACGAGCAUGCUCAAGUCAUGAUCGUGAAUCCCAGUAAGGAGUGGUCGAAAGACGAGAUCCCUGUGAUCAAAGGACCCUACACAAUUUCAGACCUGUGUACCGUUGUAAACAAUUUAAAUAAUCUAGCCGUGAAAAUCAGGGAAAAAAGGUUUGAGAAUGGGUCGCUUAGGAUAGAUCAGCCAAAGCUGCAUGUAAUCGUCGACAGAGAGACAGGAUUACCUGUAUCGUUUACGUUGGAGGAACAAAAAGAUAGUAACAGGUUGAUUGAGGAGUUUAUGCUCUUGGCAAACAUGACUGUAGCCACGCAUCUCUAUGAAAAUUUACCUGACGUUUCCUUGUUGCGCUGUCAUCAGCCCCCUAUAAUGCGAAAUCUGUCCAAAACUCAGGCAAUGCUUGAAAAGCUUGGGAUCCAUAUAGAUAUUGAGAGCGCAGGUGCCCUGCAGGCCAGUCUAGUUAGAUACCAACCAAAUCCUUGUGGUAGUUCCGAAGACUUUUACCUGGCAAAGUGCAGGGCUGUAGUGAUGAACGUACUCUGUGCGAAAACUAUGGCACGCGCCAGAUAUUUUUGUACCUCGGUCAAAAUGGACGCUGAAAAAUUGAAACAUUAUGCUUUAAAUGUUCCUCUCUAUACGCACUUUACAUCGCCGAUCAGAAGGUACUCUGAUUGCAUAGUGCACCGAUUACUGCAUGCAUCCAUUCAGAACGCUUUACCAGUUCCUAAGUGGACGCGGAGUCUAUGCGCUGAGAUAGCAAUGAAUUGCAACAGACAGAAAUACAAUGCCAAACUAGCCCAAGAGGUUUCCAGCGAAUUGUACCUGACCUAUCUCGUGGGUCUUACAGGGCCUGUAAAUACCACUGCCAUCACAGUUGACGUAAAGGAUCGAAGCAUUGAUAUUAUACUUUACACAAUGGGUAUUAACUUGCGAAUUUAUUUUGCUGAGCUGGAAAAGGUCGCCUCAGUUCAUCACGUCAAGGAAGACGAUAUACAAACAGUAACGAUUGUGUGGAAACAUUUAAAUAUGUCUCAAGUGAUCAAUAUAUUUAGCAUAGUAAAUGUUCGGGUCGGAAAAGAUCCGGCAAAGAAUCGUUUACUUGGAGAGUUACUACCGCCGACGCCACUUGACAUUCAAGCCUCAGUACAAACAUUAUAAACGACCAUUCGAAUUAUUGACGCAGUUCAAUGGAAUAUAGCACAAUCAUUGUAUUUAAUAUAAGGAAUAAUUAUAUACUCACGAAAUAUUUUUUUUUCGCCGCAAAUUGACUCCUACAAUUUUGAUGUAUCCUCUACAAAUACUGUAUAUUUUUAUCAUCAUGUUUUGUGAAUAUAUAUACGUUUUU